AUGCUUUACUUAUCAGUUGACGCUACGGAGAUUUGCUCGAUUUUGUAUCUCGUUUUCGGUGGUCUGGAUUUGGUGAUUUGUUUAUUGACGAGUUUUAUUGUGAUCAAAUAUUCUCCCCGUCACAUGUUCAUUUAUAAAUGGGCUCUCGUCAACACUGUGUUAAGCGGCCUCUUCUGUGACAUCACUGCAUCAAUUCUCUCACCUGUAAUGAUCGAGCCAUACCUCGGGUUUUACUCGAUAUCAAAACUAAAGUUAUCUCCCAUACUGAUGCACAUAUUCUUUUGUCUCUAUUUCGUGAGUGUAUUGUACAUAAUCUUGGCCAUAUCGAUCACUUAUUACUAUCGAAUCGGGAUUUCGUUGUCGACGGCAAAGGCUGCUUCACUUUUGAAAUACACAAAACUCCUCUAUCCCUUCUCAUAUUCGUUGGGUCCUUUUGGAAUUCUCGCCUUGUCAAUCAACUACGCUACUGGGAUUUUCGAUUACACAAAUGAUUUGAUUUCUUCUGACACCUCUUUGUGGCCUUUACAGCAAUGGGAUUCACCUGUCGCAUUGAUUUAUUCUCUAAAAUUGACGUGUAUGCGUCUUUUCAUCGGAGCUUUCAUCUUCCAACUCAUUGCUGGUACACUUUUCUUUGCCUAUGCGAUUCGGUUGAUGAUUCAGAGGUGGAAAAGUGGCGAAAUCCUCAUCUCAAAUCAAACAAAUCAAAUACGGAAACAGAUGUGGCACGUGAUGAUUUUACAGAUCGUUCUCUUUGCGUUAACUGCUGGACUUCCAUUCGUUUUCUAUCUCGCAACGAUGUUCGGCGCUCCAUCACUUCUUCCACUAGAAGUUAGAUCAACAAGUCGAAUA